UUUGAUACUUCCAGCUUAAGAUCGAAGAAGAAUAGCGGAAAUGACGUCACUGAGCGCUUGCAUCGCGAGUUAUAUUUGAAGACUUUGAUUUGAAUGUAUCAGUUGUUGUCGCAAUAAUGUCUUCAGUCCAGUAUCUGCGAGAGGUUAUCAAGGAGAGAUUAACUGCUGCCGCAGAACAAAUCUUCUCAGAGUUUGAAAAAACGAUCGUCCGGUAUGAGGAGGAGAUCCGUCAGCUAAGGCCGCUGGAUAUCAGACCCGGGAUAAAGUCGCACAAUACAGGUGAUCAGCAGGUCUUUGACCAGGAGAGGAGCUCCAGUCUCCACCAGCAGGACCCAGAGUCUCCACAGACUAAAGAGGUACAGGAGGAGGAAAUGUGCAGCAGUGAGGAAGGAGAGCCGCUUGAACAGAAGCAGGAGGCUGAAGAAAUUGAUGUGUGGACCGGAGAACAGCUGGAUUUGUUGUGUAAACCUGGAGUAGAGCUGACCACAACAGACCUCCCACAGCAACAUGAUUGUAAGGAAAACUGUAGCCAGGAGAGGAACUCCAGUCUCAACCAGGAGGACUCAGAUCUUCCAGAAACUAAAGAGGAACAGGAGGAAAUCUCCCUCAAUCAGGAAGAAGAGCAGCUUUCACUGAAGCCAAAAACCAAAGACGUCAUCGUCUGGACUGGGCAGGAGCUGGACAUCAUGUGGAACCCUGAAGUAAAGUUGGAAAGAAUAGAUUUUCCACAACAUGACUGUAAAGAACAGGAGGAUCUUUUGCAGAUUAAAGGGGAACAGGAGGAACUCAGUACCACUGAAGAGGGAAAACCGUUUGUACGAAAGCAAGAGACUCAAACUUUUCCUGCUCGUAAAGAAAGUGACCAGGGUGAACCAGACCUAAGUAGUGACCAGCUCCUUUCUCACAACUCUCCUGACACAGAUCAGGAUGAAAGCAAGGAUGAUAACUUACACAGAAAUAAGUUGGAGGAAAUCGUAUCAGAGCUGCCAGUUCAAAAUUCCAAGACAGUAUAUUUAUGUGGCACCUGUGGGAAAAAAUUUAAUACUGCAAAAAACUUGAAUCGACAUAUGAAAAUUCACACAGGUGAGAAGCCACAUUGUUGUAGCACCUGUGGGAAAAGAUUUCAUCGGAAGUCGCACUUGACUAGACACAUGCAAAUUCACACAGGUGAGAAGUUGCAUUCUUGUAGCACCUGUGGGAAAAGAUUUAAUCGGAAGGAACAUUUGAAAAUGCACAUGGAAUAUCAUACAGGUGAAAAACGAUAUUCCUGUAUCACUUGUGGGAAACGUUAUAAUGUAAAAUCAAGUUUGGAAACCCACAUGAAAAUUCACACAAGUGAGAAGUCACAUUGUUGUACCACUUGUGGGAAAAGCUUUAGUCAGAAGGGGCAGUUGAAUAGUCACAUGCGAAUUCAUACAGGUGAGAAACCACAUUGUUGUAGCACCUGUGGGAAAAGAUUUACUCUAAAGAUAUAUUUAACUGAACACAUGAAAAUUCACACAGGUGAGAAGCCGCAUUGUUGUACCACUUGUGGGAAAAGCUUUAGUCAGAAGGGGCAGUUGAAUAGUCACAUGCGAAUUCACACAGGUGAGAAGCCAUAUUUUUGUAGCAUAUGUGGGGAAAGAUUUAAUGUAGUAACAAAUCUGAAAAUACACAUGAAAAGUCACACAAGUGAGAAGCCGCAUUCUUGUAGCACCUGUGGGAAAAGAUUUAGUCGGAAGGCACACCUGACUAGACACAUACAAAUUCAUACAGGUGAGAAGCCGCAUUCUUGUACCACUUGUGGGAAAAGCUUUAUUCAGAAGGGGCAGUUGAAUAGUCACAUGCGAAUUCACACAAGUGAGAAGCCAUAUUUUUGUAGCAUAUGUGGGGAAAGAUUUAAUGUAGUAACAAAUCUGAAAAUACACAUGAAAAGUCACACAAGUGAGAAGCCGCAUUCUUGUAGCACCUGUGGGAAAAGAUUUAGUCGGAAGUCACACCUGACUAGACACAUACAAAUUCAUACAGGUGAGAAGCCGCAUUCUUGUACCACUUGUGGGAAAAGCUUUAUUCAGAAGGGGCAGUUGAAUAGUCACAUGCGAAUUCACACAAGUGAGAAGCCAUAUUUUUGUAGCAUAUGUGGGGAAAGAUUUAAUGUCGUAACAAAUCUGAAAAUACACAUGAAAAUUCACACAAGUGAGAAGCCGCAUUCUUGUAGCACCUGUGGGAAAAGAUUUAGUCGGAAGUCACACCUGACUAGACACAUACAAAUUCAUACAGGUGAGAAGUCGCAUUCUUGUAGCACUUCUAGGAAAAGAUUUACUCGAAAAAAAUAUUUAAAUGAACAUGCGAGAAUUCACGCAGGUGAGAAGCCGCAUUCUUGUAGCACCUGUGGGAAAAGAUUUACUAUAAAAGCAUAUUUAAAUGAACACAUGAAAAUUCACACAGGUGAGAAGCCGCAUUCUUGUGACACCUGUGGGAAAAGCUUUUCGCAGAAGGGGCAUCUGAAUAGACACGUGCGAAUUCAUACAGGUUAGAAACCACAUUGUUGUAGCACCUGUGGGAAAAAAUUUAGCUCUUCAGUACAGUUGAAAAUGCAUAUAGGAAACCAUACUGCAUGCUAAGUUUAAUUUUUAGAAAAUGUUGAUGGUAAAACAAAGUGUUUGGAUCUUUGGAAACUCAGCGUCUGACAAAACUUUAUUUUCAAAAGGUUUUCAGAAGCUCAAUUUCUAUGUUUACCUGUGGACAAAAAAACUAAAUAACUUUUUUCUGACUUUUUUUGUUAUUUGUGGGCUUUGACUUGGCUAAAGGUUCUCUUUGAACAGUGCUUGAGAUACUUUUUGUCUUGAUGCAAAAAGAAUUUCUCAAAAAUACACUAGAGAAUAUCUGUUUAAAAAAUGCCUGUGUACAUAUCGAGGAAUGGAGGGAUAGAAGUGACAAAAAUGAAUUGAUUAAAUACACCAUUAAAUAAUUCAAUUCAAUGUGUCAAUAAAUAGAGGUUUGGGGUAAA